AUGAGCGUCCUUCUUACUUCGAGUUCGUUUGCUCCAAGUGAUUUAUGCAGCGAUGAUGUUCGAGUUACCUAUGUUCGCCAGCCUUCACGUUCACGACGUGUUUACACCGUCUAUGAAGUUGAAGAACCUUUAAAAGUCGUUGUUGACGCAGCUCCCGUAGUUAAAUAUCGCGUCACGACAACAACGACAACAACACGCAAAGUCGUUCGUUCAUCACCACCAAAAUACAAGAUUGUUCUCUAG